AUGCUGUGGAGAGCUGCCAGCAGGGCGCUGUUUGCCGAGUUCCUGGCCACAGGGCUGUACGUGUUCUUCGGCGUGGGCUCAGCCCUGCCCUGGCCCUCGGCGCUUCCCACCGUGCUGCCGAUCGCCAUCACCUUCAACCUGGCCACGGCGGUGGCUGUGCAGAUCACCUGGAAGACCAGCAGGGGCCACAUCAACGCCGCCGUGACUCUGGCCUUCCUCGUGGGCUCCCAAAUCUCCCUGCCCCGUGCUGUGGCCUAUGUGGCUGCCCAGCUGGCCAGGGCCACUGUGGCGGCUGCUCUGCUUUAUGGGGUCAUCCCAGCAGACAUCCGAGAGACCCUCGGGGUUAACAUGGUCCGGAGCAGCGUCUCGACGGGCCAGGCUGUGGCAGUGGAGUUGGUUCUGACCCUGCGGCUGGUACUCUGUGUUUUCGUUUCCAUCGACAGCCGCCAGGCAUCGGUCUCCCCAGCCACCAUGAUGGGGAUCUCUCUGGCACUGGGCCACCUCACUGGGGUCUACUUCACCGGCUGCUCCAUGAACCCGGCCCGCUCCUUCGGCCCCACCAUCAUCGUUGGGAAGUUCGAGGUCCACUGGAUCUUCUGGGUAGGACCCCUGACAGGAGCUGUCCUGGCUUCGCUCAUCUACAACUUUAUCCUGUUCCCUGACACCAAGACCAUGGCUCAGCGACUGGCCAUCCUCAUGGGUACAGAAGAAAUGGAGAAAGUGGCAGAAAAGGAGCCCAAGAAGAGAGAAUCCCAGUCCAGUUCAGGGGAUACUGAAAUGGGGAACGUGUGUCAGAUGGUAUAG